UAAAAAAAUAAAAUCAAAUCAAUUAUCAUCAAACAAAAAAAAACUAUGAAAUUUUUAAUUAUCACAUUACUAUUGGCAACAAUUGCCACCACCACCACUAGCGUUGUCAAUGGUAUCGUUGGCGGUAUCAACCAGUCGGACCGGGAACAGGCAGUCAAUGAUCAGGACUAUCGGCCACACUAUCGACAACAACGACAAUCUAAUGCCAAUCCGGUUGCUUUGUUUGGUAAUUUACUUACAGGUUCGAUGAAAUUGGUUGGCGAUACUUUUGGAAGUGGUUUAGAUACACUGGGCAACGUUAUCGAAGCGGGAACCGGUGUGUUUGGCGGACUGACCAAAGCUGGCAUGAAUAUGGGCAGCAAAGUUAUAGGUUCGGUAGCCAAAGUGCCAAUGGAUUUUGUCAAAAAUGGUAUCGGUGCGGCUACCGACUUAGCUGGCAAUAUGAUUGAACAUGGAGUCGGUACGGGUAUGGAAGUGGUCAAACAGGGCCUGGAAGUACCGAAAAAAUUUAUGAAAAUUGGAACUGGUGUGGUCAAGCAGGGCGUAGAUAUGGGCGUAGGUAUGGCCAAAGACACAGUUGGUAUGGUCAAAGAUGGCGUGGGUAUGGCUAUGGAAUUACCCAGUAAAGUGGUGUCAGGUAUUACCGCUACUGGGGGUGAAAAAGUAAAAAAUGGUAAAAAAAUUGCUAAACAAGUGGUGGAUGAAGAAGCCCAAGAAGUUGCUCCAGAAACAGCUGAACAAGAGGCCACAACAACCGAUGAGGAAACUCAACCAAAACCUAAACCAAUAGUUAAUAAAAAACCCGUAAAAUCGGGUAAAAAGGGUAAAAAAAUUGCUAAACCAGUCGUCGACGAGGAAAAUGUUGAAAACCAAGAAGCUACCGAUGAGGAAACAGCUAAACCAAAACCUAAACCAAUAGUUAAAAAACCAAAAUCGGGUAAAAAAAUUGCUAAACCAGUCGUCGAGGAAACGGCCGAUGAUGUUGCCCAAGAAGCUACAGAUGAGGAAACACCUAAACCUAAACCUAAACCAAUAGCUAAAAAACCUAAGACUGUUAAAAAAGCCCCGAAAAAACCUAAACCUGCCGUUGAAGAGGAGGCGGCGCAGGAGGAGUAGGAGGUGGUAGUGGUGGUGCAGCAUAAAUAAACUUCAAUAAGUUUUUUUUACUAAAAAAUAACUAAAUUUCCCAACGCUUACUAAAAUUUCAACAAAAAAAAACUUAAAAUUUUUUUUUAAUAAUCAAUGAUUUGUUCAAAAUUUUUUUUAUAUGAAAUAACUAAAUAAAAAGUUUCAAUUUUACUA